UAUUAAACGAACAUGAAGUAUCCUAAAUGCAAUAUACGUAAAGAUUGAGACCUUGUGACUCAUCUCAUAAAAUGCUCCUCUGACAACAUAUUCGAUGAAGACACCUUUGUGUGUGAGAGAUGUGCCAGCAAUCUUUAUAUAGACGAAGAUACCAUAAAGAUACCGAAUCUUGAAAUCAUACUAGAUUGCCUAAAUCUUGCUGAGUACAACUUAACCCAAAUUGACUCAUUCAAAGAAGCCCAUAACCUUGAUAAAUUAUGGAAAAAGUUACUGCCUGAGCUUGAAGCAUUGAUCAUAAGCAAUAUUGAACUCAAAGAUGACUUGGAAAUAACAAUUACUGAGAAUAAUUGGAGAAAGAUUCCUUCCAUUCAUAUCCAGUCUAAAAAUCUAUUAAGCUCAGUCUUGAACUCCAAACUUUACAAAGAAUAUUGCAGACAGUCUAACUACAUGAAGUUCUGUGACCAAGAAGCCAAGAAGAAGCCUAAGAGGCUUUCUAAGCUCCAACCAGAAGAGUCUAAGCUCAGUAUCGACAAAUCUGAGCAUGAAAAAGUUCUUAAGGAACUUAAAGAGACAAAGAAUCUUUGCUUGCAAAAAGACGAGCUAAUCACUCAGAAACAAGAUGAAAUCCAACAGAAGGACAAGCACAUAGAAGAGAAAUCUAAGGAGAUCAUGGACAAAUUUACUCAAAUCAAAAAUUAUAGUCACCGGGCAAGUGAAGAAGAGAAAAAUAUCAAAGUGAAGGAAGAAAAGAUCCUUCAACAGAAGGCUCAAAUUGACAAACUUCAGAAGGAUAAAGAGCAAGCCAUUGCCAAAAACGUCAAACAAGCUCAGACUGAGAAAGACCAGGAAAUCAAGGACUUUAAACUCAGAGUAUCAGAGCUUGAGAAAAAAGAAAAGAUACAGCAAAAUAUUAUCAGCCAGCUACAGAAGAAAGCAACUGAGCAUCAAGCUCUAAUACCUCCAAUCUUAAGAUCAUCUCCAUUGGGAAAUGCGACUCCCCAAAAUAAUCAAAAAUUGAUUCCAACAGCAAAGUCUUUCAAGCCCUCGAAAUCUAUUUCUUUCAAAGAUCAUAAAUUAUGCAGGCCAAAAGGAGAAAUGCAAACUAAUAUAAACCCUUUGGUUAUUGGGAGGCCAUCCCAAGAGAAAGAGUUAAAACAAACUAAUUCGGAGGCUUCUAUUCUUAUAAAUGGCAGUUGAAUAAAUUCGAACAUGGUACUAAAACUUUUUGGAAAGGAAUUAGAUGUGGGAUAUAGAAGUAAUUAGCAAAACAAAGUCAUACAGAGACUCCCAGUUGGCUUGAUCCAGAUCAUAAACUUCUGUAUCCUUUGUUCACUUCUCUUUCAGUUCGGUUCAGACACGUCGUUCUCUUAUUAAAAGAAAUCAGAGAAACUAUGGCAAUAGACUUGCUGAUACAAUACCCAAAAAUAUCCCUGAAUCUAAACUAAGUCGAUCAUCCAGGGCUUUUAUACGAACUGCACCUACCCUUCCUCCCCCAGUAACCAGUCCGCCCACAUUGGAAUCCCCUACUAAAAUCCACACCAAAACUCUACUUCAGAAAUCCCCAUUGCCCAUCACAUCUUUUCACAAACUUCUCAAGCAAUGCUCUGGUCCUGACCAGCGUGCAGACUUCACCAGUGCUAUAUUA